GUACCAAAUUCCUGAGGACUGGCCUUAUCAAGAAGCCAGACAUCUUUUUAAAGAACCUGUGGUCUCUGCAGACCGUGAACAAUUGGAGAUUAAAUGGACUUCUCCGGAUGAGGAGGGACUCGUAACUUUCUUGGUCAAUGAAAAUGGCUUCAACCAUGACCGUGUAAUCAAGGCAAUAGAAAAGAUAAAAUCUGCCAAGAACAAGUCAUCCCAAGGACGUCUAGAAUCCUUCUUUAAGCCAGUCGUGAACACAUCAGUACCCAUUAAACGGAAGGAAACAUCGGAGAAGUCCGCAAGAGAAAUUGUCAACAAGAAGUCAAAGGCCAAUGGUGGAAAGAAGAAGUAGUUUUAUGUAAAAGAUCUGAGUCUAUCGAUUUCCUUAUUAGGAUGAUCAUUCCUGUUUCACUGGCUCUUGAGUAUCUUUUGGUGUAAGUUUUCCUGGACGGCAUGUCUGGUCUAGAAUCUGUUGAUGCCCCACCUAGUUUACCAAAUGAAGGGAUGGUGUGGCAAUUCCGAUGGAUGGAUGGAUGCACCUAUCACAUUAGUUAAAGGGUCUUUAUAAAAUUUGUCUCGACGAAGAGUUUUUUUGAUGGGAAAAGAAUGCUGCCUGGUCGCUUGCAGACUCUGCCCAAACACAGCCACCCCUGAAAUGACCAUUCCACUUCCCUACAAAAUGAAAAUCCUCCUCUGUUGAUGUCCCUGUGCAUUCCUUCAUUGGCUCAGUGCUGGUGUAGGGGCUACAUGAUUGGACAAUCUUUUUUCAUUUAACCUUAUUCUUUGUGUGUUGAAGUGGAGGGGUAUCUACCCUUGCUAUUGUAGCAUGCGGCAACCAGAGAAGGAAAGCCUAGAGUUGGAGAGGGGAGCCAGGGUAGAGAUUUAGUAAUGUUUUUUGGUUUGUUACUUUGUCUACCUUUUGUUGAUAUUAAACAUACAACGAGAAAUUUGAAGGGGUGGUUAAAAA